CCCCAUUGGAAUUGAGGAAAGACGCAUCCAGGACAUCGACUCAUAACUCGCCACUCUCCUACACGUUUACUAGUUCACGCCAAUUUUUGCUUCUCGACGGACCAGCUUGGCACACAAUUCAAGCGUAGACAUUCUUUUUGUUCAUUCAGACAUCUGAAUUUGCGUAUUUAACGAAAAUCUUCCGUUAGAGAGGAUUAGUGUUGAGUCGAAGUGGAUUUUCACGGCUAGCAUUCAGCUACGAAAAAAAAAACAACAAACCCAGAGCGCGAUUUUUUAUUUUUCUGACAAGCAAAACUCUGCGUAUAAACAACCCAACAACCUGUUUUACUUUCAGGGACGACUAAAAAAAACACUUAUAAUGCUUUAUAGCUAAAACACUUUUUAUUUGAACGAAAAUAGUCUCUUUUUUGAGGACAUUGUCAUUUCCUCGCUAAGCUAGCAACUCCAGACAAAGAAAGAAAAGCAGCUUUCAUCGCCUCAUCACAUCUUGUCAACUUUUCGCCCUUUUUGAAGAACAACCCCCACUUUUGAGUCUAGUUGGGUAGAAAUAAAGCAGAAAUGGCCCAGCAGAGCAAUGCUCAGGUCGCCAGCUCACAGAAAGCUUUGAUGCUGGAGAUGAAGUCUCUUCAGGAGGAACCAGUGGAGGGUUUCAAGAUCACUUUAGUGGAUGAAGCGGAUCUCUACAACUGGGAAGUGGCGAUUUUUGGACCCCCAAACACUCACUAUGAAGGGGGCUAUUUCAAGGCUCGCAUCAAGUUCCCAAUUGAUUACCCCUAUUCCCCACCCACGUUCAGAUUCCUCACCAAGAUGUGGCACCCCAACAUCUAUGAGAACGGGGACGUGUGUAUCUCCAUUCUGCAUCCUCCAGUAGAUGAUCCACAGAGCGGAGAGCUUCCCUCAGAGAGGUGGAACCCCACACAGAAUGUCAGAACUAUACUGUUGAGUGUCAUCUCUCUACUGAACGAACCCAACACGUUUUCUCCAGCCAACGUGGACGCCUCCGUCAUGUACCGCAAAUGGAGAGAGAGUAAAGGAAAAGACCGGGAAUAUGCAGAAAUCAUUAGAAAACAGGUUCUGGCCACUAAAGCCGAGGCUGAGCGCGACGGAGUGAAAGUUCCCACCACCCUGGCGGAGUAUUGUGUCCGCACGCGCGCCCCUGCACUGGACGAGGGGUCCGACCUGUUAUACGACGAUUACUAUGAUGAUGAGGACUUGGAGGAUGAGGAUGGCGAGGACUGUUGCUAUGACGAGGACGACUCUGGAAAUGAGGAAUCAUGACGACAUUCCCAUCUUCAUUCUGGUCUUCAUCAGCAUCACCCCGAAAGUGGAAACGUUAAGGCAUGCGCCCUGCAUUUACACUCACUCAGAUGGCCAUUUUUGUUUCCUUAAUGGACUGAAUUGAGAGUUUAUUAUUAUUAUUUUUUAGCAUUUGUGUUGUUUUCCUUCUGUGUCAUAAUUGUGCUGGCCUUCAGGCUUUUCUCAAAUCUGCUGUUUUAUUAUUUCUUUGCUUUGUGCUUUCAGAUAGCUCUGUGAACUUACUUCAAAAAGGACAAAAAAAUUGACUGAAUUAGGGAGUGAUUCUUUGAAUGAGGCUUUGUGCUGGAUAAUGCUGAUCUUUUGAAUUUUCUUAGAGAUGAUCACUUUGAUCACCCGUGCUCACUUUUUUGGCCUUCAGGCACAUCUGAGCAGCCCAGCAAUAAAACAUGAGUUUGGGGGCAAGCUUUGAGUUUUUAUUCCUCCUUUGUUUGAGUAGUAAUUACGUUAAAGGGAUAGUUCACCCAAACAAAUGACAAUUCUGUCAUCAUUUACUCACCCCCAUGUCGUUCCAAACCUGUAUGACUGACUUUCUUCUUUGAAACAAGUUAUUUUGAGAAGUGGAAGUCAGUUGGCACCAGAACUGUUUGGUUACCAACUGACUUCAUAAUUAAACAAAUGAGGUUGAGUAAAUGACAGAAUUUUCCUUUUUGGGUGAACUAACUCUUUAAGAAACCUUAAGCAAAAAAAAAAAAAAGGAUAAGUUGAUAUUAAAAUCAUUUUGCAAUGUAAAAAUGUAAACAUUGAAAAGAAAAUGCUGAGGCCUACAUUCUACGAUGUGCUUAAAAAUCUGCAUUAUUUAACUUAUAGUGUCACUUUAAAUUAUUGAAAUGAUGUAUCACUUUUUUCCAAGAUAUAGGAGCUUAUCAGAAAAUACAUGUAGUCAGGCUUAAUCUAGUAGGUUGGCGAGUGGAUGUUGUCUUUUCUGUUAAGCUGAGUUUAUGUUAAUGUUUUUUAAGCAAUUCUGAUAUUCCUGUGUUGUCCUCCUAAGUGAAUCUUAUUUAAUCUGUUGUGUUUUUUUUUUUUUUUUUUUCAUCACUGAAGCAUUUGUUGUUUGAUUUGGGAUGUAGGGUGACUUCUGGACUAUUGAAGGUUUUUUUUUUUUGCACCGUUUCUUUUGCAUUAUGGCUCCAUGAAUUGACAGCAUGCCCUAUGUUGUGAUGUCAUGAUCGAGGAGGCUGGUGAGCGCUGGUGUCCGUCUCUGAUUUGAAUUGGAUCUCCUACAGACUGACUCUCAGGAUCAGCAAAUCUGAAAAAAGAAAAAGAAAACUACCAAUAACAAAAGUACUUUUUUUCUCACCUGCAAGCUAUCCAUCUUUUCCAUAUUGUUUUGAGGACAAUUUACAACCGUAUCCCAAGAGGCUGAGAUGCACACAAGGAGCUGAUUUGUCAUUUUAUUGACCUGUAUGUAUUUUUACAGUUUGUUGGCCUAUUUAAAACUGAAUAAAGAUCUUUAUUAAAAUA